GCGAGGAGAAGUGGUAAGCCGCAGUGACCCGUCCCACUCUGUCACACAACCUCAUUGGAUAAACUCAUCGAAACCAUCAUUACUGCUUGCUUCUUUUGCUCUUUCUCAUCACUACCCACGAUCUCACAUCUCGGGAUCCCAAUGUUAUACUCUAGCUAUAAUCCGAGUGCGCCUCUUAUUCUCGCCUAGUUAUUUGUAAAUCGCCUGAACAUGACAAGGCGGCCUAUGAUUGCAAUCAUCCGUUACAAGUCCUGAGCCUUUCAUCGCACCAAAUCUCACCCCACAAACACCACGAUGGAAGAACUACCCAUAAUUCCGCGCGGCAUAAAGUUCCAAGCAGACUUCGUCACGCCGGCGCAUGAGGCGGAGCUCAUACACAUCUUCCGCUCCGAGCUGGAUUGGCCCACCACCAAAAAAUUCGCGUCGCGUAAAUCGCUGCACUACGGGUACACAUUCGACUACAAGACCUUCGGGAUCGAUCCGAAUAUCCCGUACAAGCCGUUUCCAGGGUGGUUGCGGCCCCUGAUUCCGCGGACGGCUCAAGGAGGCCGUGAUCCAGAUCAGGUCUGUCUGCAAUACUACCCGCCUGGCGCCGGCAUCCCGCCGCACGUGGACACGCAUUCGGCGUACGAUGAGCUGUAUGCGCUGUCGCUGGGCUCGGCAGUGAUGAUGCAGUUCCGGCACACGAGGGCGCGAGAAGACAGCGAGGCAAAGGAAGGCGGAGUGGAGGAGACAGCCGAGGACGAGAGAGAAAUGGUCGACGUCGAUCUCCCACCUCGCAGCAUGAUGGAGAUGUCCGGGGACUCACGUUUGCACUGGGAGCAUGGGAUCAAGAAGCGUAAGAAGGACGUCCUCGCUGAUGGCACGGUGCGGAUGCGCGGUGACCGUUGGAGUAUCACGUACCGGUGGCUGCGCGAAGGAGGCCAGUGCGAGUGUGGGAAUGAAAGACUUUGCGAUACGGCGCAGAGGCGGAUUGGGGUUGAGCGGGAGUUCCGCUGGAAACAGCAGCAGCCACAGGGGAGCAUAUGGGAAGAAAAACAACAGGAAGGAGAAAGAAAAGGAGAGGGGGCGAUCGAGGAUAAAGGGGUGCCGAUAUUUAGAGAGGUGGAUAGAACGGGGGUAGAUCAUCACGAGAAUAGCAAUAUACUGUUGUCUCCGUCCUAG